AUGGAAGCAUCCAAUCCAUGCUUAUUAUCCAUAAAUCCCUUAGCAAAAUCUUCUUUUUCAACAGCUUUUGAAGGAUUUUUGUUUGGAUCAUGGCAACCAGUGGAGCAUAUGAAAAUAGAGUCAGGAACUAUGAUCAUAUAUUUUAAGGAAAACCAACGUUUGGUUUUGAAGAGAGGCCCCACUUUAGACAUUCGGAUAAAGUCAAGAAAAGCCACUUCAUCAGAUUGUUCUUCUUUUCUACGGCCUGGAGUUGAUAUAUGUGUUCUUUCAACCCCACAAUGCACUGCUAAUAAUAAUGAUCCUGUGUGGAUUGAUGGUAGAAUAAAUUCCAUAAAGAGAAACCCCCAUGAUUCUGAUUGUUCAUGUCAAUAUUAUGUCAACUUCUAUCUUAACCAAGGUUCAUUUGGUACACAAAGAACACUUAGCAAGGAAGUUAAAGUAAUUGCAUUGAAUCAAAUUUCAAUCCUCCAGAAGAUUGACCAUAAUAGUUUCUCUAAAGAUAACUCUUCUAGGUGGGAUUCAUCAAUGGACUGCUCCUCAGUACCCCAAAGUAAAUUACUCUUGGGGAAAUUCUUAUCGGAUAUUUCAUGGCUAGUUAUUGCAUCUUUUUUAAAGAAGGCUAAAUUUGAUGUAAGAUCUGUGGAUAACAAGAUUGUGUAUCAAGUUUUGGGAGGUAGUAAUGCUAAUGAUUCUUACAUAGAUGUUGUGAAUUUCAAAGUAGAUGAUGAUGGCAUUGUGCAAUCCAUGGUCUCUCAAAUUGAUACACAUGAUGCUAUUAAAAGAAUUGGUCAUAAAAGAUGUUAUGAUUAUUCCCCUGAAGAUGAGAAAGCAGAUCCAUCCUGUAAUGUUGAGGGAUUAAGGCGUUCGAAGCGACGGCAUGUACAACCGGACCGGUACCUUGGUUGCGAGGUUCCUGUGAUGGAUGUUAGUACUCUUAGAACUUGGCCUCCCAAGAUGAGUGUAUCGAAAGACGAAGACAAAGAAGAAGAGCCUGUUCCAUUAGCAUGGGAGCCUUGCUUCCAAGAAAAGUGUAAUAAACAAGAUGUUAACAGUGGCAAGAAAAUUGUAACGUACCAAAGAAGGAAGAAAAGAAUGGAAGGGAAGUUAGGUGAUGCAGAUCAAGAUGGAAUUCAACCUCCAAUUCUUGUUCUUCCUCCUCCCAAGAAAGAUGAACCAAUUCCACUUCCCCAGAGCCGUUAUAAUCUCAGGAACAAGCAAAACACGCAAGAAACCGGGAACGAAGAAAAAGUGGAAGAACUUUCUUCAAGAAUCUAUAGCGGUUAUGGCGCCGCAAAGUUACACAAGAAGAAAUCAGUUGAUCUAGAUGAUAUAGACAUCGAACUUGGAUGGGAAGGUUUAAGUUCGAAAAGAAGAGUUCAAGAGAAAAGAAACCACCAUUCAAGUUCAACAACAUAUUCAAAAAGUAGUAGGAAUCUUGAUGAUGAAGAAAGAUCUUACAAAGACAGAACCUUAAACGCAGUUUCAUACAAGGAAGUCAUAGAUUCAUAUCUGAGGCAAAUUGAAGAGGCUUCUAAUAUUGAAAAAGAGCAACCAAGUAUAAGGGAGCAGUGGAUGGCUACAACAAGAGAAUGUGAACAAAAGAAUGAGAUGGCAAAAUCUCAAGUGGAGAAAGAAGAAAUUUCUGAAACGGCUAUGUUAUGGAGAGAAAUGGAAAUGUCAAUGGCAUCAAGUCAUCUUGUUGAAGAAACAAAGGAUUCAAGUUCAGAUGCAGUUCUUGCUGAAACUACAGGAAACUGCAACAAAGUUUGCCAACAUGAUUAUAGAUCGGAUGAUGAAAUUGGAAUUUACUGCAUUAGAUGCGGCGUUGUUAGGGUCGACAUCAAAGACGUCGCAACAGAAUUUUUGCCACAGAAAACAAGGCACAGGCAAGAGGAGAAUCAGCGGAGUGAUUCAGAGAAGCUGGAGGCUGAGGAAGACUCCAGCGACUCCAAGUUUUUCUCAACCGUUGAUGCUUCUAGAGAUGAACCUAUGCAUGAAGAAAAUGGCAAUGUGUGGGAACUAGUUCCAGAUUUGAAAGCAAAAAUGCAUGUCCACCAAAGAAAAGCAUUUGAGUUUCUUUGGCGAAACAUUGCAGGGUCAAUGGAACCAUUACAAAUGGAGUCACAAUCCAAAAGCAUUGGUGGUUGUGUGAUAUCUCAUUCUCCGGGAGCCGGAAAAACCUUCCUCAUAAUCGCGUUUCUCGUCAGUUAUCUGAAGCUUUUCCCAGGGAAAAGGCCAUUGAUUCUUGCUCCAAAAACUACACUCUACACAUGGUACAAGGAGUUCCUCAAAUGGGAGAUUUCUUUACCGAUUUAUAUCAUCCAUGGCCGCUCGUCGCAGAAGCAGUUCAAGGAGAAUACCGUGUCCAUUCCUGGCAUUCCAAAGCCAACGAAUGAUGUAAAGCAUGUUCUUGACUGUCUAACAAAGAUUCACAAAUGGCAUGAGCAUCCCAGUGUCCUAAUCAUGAGCUAUACUUCGUUUCUUUCGCAUAUGCGCGAAGAUUCCAGAUUCUCUCACGGAAAGUAUAUGGCAAAAGUCUUGAGAGAAAGCCCUGGGAUCUUGGUUCUCGACGAAGGGCACAAUCCUCGCAGCACGAAAUCGAGGUUGAGGAAAGUUUUGAUGAAGGUAAAUACAGAGCUCAGAGUUUUGCUCUCUGGAACCUUGUUUCAGAACAAUUUCUGCGAGUUUUUCAACACGUUGUGCUUGGCCAGGCCUAAGUUUGUUCACGAAGCUUUAUCAGAGUUGGAUGGUAAAUACCGGACGAAUCAAAAGAUUGCCGAGAAAGCAAAACAUUUGCUCGAGUCACGGGCGAGGAAAUUCUUCCUGGACCAGAUUGCCAAGAGAAUAAACUCAAGCGAUGACGAAGACACGGAGCAGGGUCUGAAUUUGUUGAAGAAACUAACAAAUGAAUUCAUUGAUGUGUAUGAUGUCGGCAACUCUAAUAUUACUAUGCCUUGUUUACAGAUCUAUACAUUGGUGAUGAACACAACUGAUAUACAGUUCAAGAUUCUGUUUGAACUGCACCAGAAAAUGGGUGAGUGCCAUGGCUACCCUCUGGAGUUAGAGCUUCUUAUAACACUUGGAUCAAUCCAUCCGUGGCUGGUGAAAACGGUGGAGUGCGUAGCUAAGUUCUUGAGUGUGGAGCGAUUGAGGGAGUUAGAUGAAGUCAGGAAUGAUUUAAAGAAAGGCUCUAAGGUGAGAUUUGUUCUUAGCCUCAUAAGCCGCGUUUUCGCGAAGGAGAAGAUCUUGAUCUUCUGUCACAACAUUGCACCAGUGAAGUUGCUUGUGGAAUUGUUUGAGAGAGUUUUUAGUUGGAGAAAAGACAGAGAGAUAUUGGUACUCAACGGGGAACUUGAAUUGUUCGAACGCGGGAAAGUCAUCGAUAAGUUCGAGGAUCCUCAUGGUGUUUCGAGGGUGCUUCUUGCCUCAAUCACGGCCUGCAGCGAAGGGAUUAGUCUAACUGCGGCUUCUAGAGUGAUCAUGUUGGAUUCGGAAUGGAAUCCUUCCAAGACGAAGCAAGCGAUUGCGAGGGCUUUCAGACCGGGGCAGCAGAAAACGGUUUAUGUGUAUCAGUUACUAACUUCAGAUUCAUUGGAGGUAGAUAAGCAUAGGAGAAACAAAUGGAAAGAGCGGGUUUCUUGCAUGAUAUUCAAUGAGGAAUCUGCGGAGGCUCCUUCGCAGUGGCUAGCCGAGAAUAUUGAGGAUGAUGUGCUUAGAGAUAUGGUUGAGGAGGACAAGUCUAAAUCAUUCCAUAUGAUCAUAAAGAAUGACAAGUAUUCAGCAACUAUUGAUCGGUAA